AUGGAUAUGGGCUUUGAGAAUUUGAAGUCCAUUGGGCUUGUUAGGAUAAUGGAUUUGGGCUUUGGGAAUUUAAAGUCCAUUGGAAAAGUGGAUGCGAUUUUUGUGAAUUCGAAGUCCAUCAAAAAAAUGUGGACUUUAGCAAUUGACGAGAUCUUUGGAUUAGGGAAGCUGGGCUUUUCGAUUACGGCACAGCUUUCCACCCGAGGAGUGACACCAACUGUGUUCUCUCAUUGCUUGAAAGGAAGCAAUGGUGGAGUUGGUGUCUUAGUGCUAGGUCAAGUCGUGGAGCCAAAUUUAGUUUACACUCCACUUGUCCCAUCACAGCAACAUUACAACGUGAUUCUUGAGAGUAUUGCUCUCAAUGGGCAAACAUUGAGUAUUAAUCCACAAUUAUUUAAAAUACCUAGCAACAUGGGAGCCUUAGUUGAUUCCGGAGCGACUGUCAUAUCUUCCCAAGAAGCUCAUAACAUUUUCGUUAAUGCAAUUGCAACUAGUAGCUUUAGCAUGACGCCCUCUCGAUUUCGAACCCAACAAGUGGCAUUAGAACCAACAGUUCAAAGGUCCAGUGGUUUGGGUGGUUCCAUUGUCUGGUGCGUGGGAUUUCAAAAAUCUCUGAGCCAAGGAUGGACAGUUCUCGGAGACAUUGUUCUAAAAGACAAGAUUAUUGUUUAUGAUCUGGAUGGACAACGAAUUGGAUGGGCCAAUUACGACUGCUCUCAGGUUGUCAAUGUUUCAACUACCAGAAGCCAACGGAAAGCCAAGAAUGUUAAGUCAUGGACAGAGUUCACUGCAUAA